AUGAGCGCGAAGACUACACCGGGUCCACGCCAAGCUGCAAGCGUGUUUCGGGCGGACGACGACUACUCUGACGAUGACGGCUUCACUGUAGGCAGUGACCUCGAUGACUUCAUACCUGAAUCGUCACACGAAACCCCGACUCUGGUUUCAACGGUCGUAGAAGGAACAAAGCAAGAAGAAGGGAUGAACUUGGCCAGGGACGAUCGAGAUCUGCGAUUGAACUACGAUAAUCCACAUCAUGCGAGGAAAUGCAGAGACCUUGAUAGCGCAAAAGAGGAGUUAGAUGAUAGUGUGAACGUCGAUCUCAUUGCAUAUGAGAAAGACUGGGCACUCGCUGACUCGAUCCGUAAGCGUCACAUCGACAACAUAGCACUUUUGCUAGAAAGGGGCGCCGAUGCGAACUUUCAAAUCAUCGGUUUACCUCUGAUAUUCCAUGCGGUCAAGCAGAAAGAACACGCACCUCAAAUCAUCCAACUUCUCUUAGAUCAUGGCGCUGACCUGGAAGCUACUUCUGGACCGACUGAUGCGACCGGUAAUGACGAUAUAAAUGCUUUGCAUUGGGCUGCUGGGAAAGGAAUGAUACACGCGGCUGAUUUUUUAAUCAGUAAAGGCGUCGACAUCAGCAAACCCUGCUCGAGCGGGAAGACGCCUCUCAUCCUUGCGGCAGAGAGAGGACAUCUUGAAGUCGUCAAGCUGCUGCUUGCAAAGGGAGCAGGGCUGCAUGAAAGAUAUGCGAACGGUGGUUCUGCUUUGAUGUGGGCAGCGAGUCAAGGGCAGCUUGAGGUCGUUGAUUAUUUGCUGAACCAGGGAUCUAGAGUCGAUGAUUGUAGUGAAGACGGGUUGACCUGUCUAUCCGUCGCCAGCAUGUCAGGUCACCUAGCAAUUGUAGAACUACUGAUCAAGAAGGGCGCAAACAUCAACGCACGGAGUAUUUCGCCGGAAGACUGGACUCCGGCGGUUUUCGCGGCAGAUGAGGGUCAUACCGAAGUACUACAGGCCCUGCUGUCACAUGGAGCAGAUACCAAUGUCUUAACCAGUGAUGGCGACACUAUUCUCGAACUUGCUAUGGAGAAAGGCCACCUGACCACUGCCAAGGUCCUCUUAGAAGCUGUUGGCGGACCCGGAUACCCAAAGGAUAGUGUUGCACUCCAGAUAGCAACUGCACAAUCCGAGACAACGGUAAAAUCAAUAAUGAACACCGUCUCUAUCAUGUAUCGGUAUGUUGACUCCAGGUCUACCGGAUCCGAGUGGCAAGGCUGGAUUCCAUGGGUCUUGGAUCAAGGUGGCAAGCUUGUCAGAUCACAGGCUAUGAUCAAUAUGCUACGCGCCGCACUGGCUUACGAGGAUACUGAAAUCACUGCACAGCUACUCAAAUUAGGAGCGGAUCCAAGUAUGGUCUUCUCCACUGGAUACACGCCACUCACUAUCGCAAUAUCCAAGCACAACUUGAAACUCAUUGAAACACUCCUCGAAGCAGGCGCCGAUCCAGCUAAGCUCUCGAAAGAUGCCACAGGCUGCGAACUUACGCCACUGCAUCAAGCAAUAAUUGGUUGGGAGUAUGGCCAGAAGAAAGGCACGUCUGUCGUGAAGAUGCUGCUAGCGAGUGGUCGAUGCAGAAUAAUGGACGGACAGAAUGCUCAGUCCAGCGCUUUCGCCCGUGUAGUACGCAAAUUUGACAGUUGCGACGACGAAAUCGUCCUAGAGGCCGCAGACAUAGCCCGCCAAAUGCUUGAUUUCACGAACGUAAACGAAGAUCGAUCCGAGGAUGGGUCUACCCUAAUGCACGUUGCUGUCUAUUACAAGCAGAAGGGCUUGAUAGAUCAACUUCGACGAGUAGGGGCCAAUAUUAACGCCAAGGACAACGAUGGCCAUACACCUUUUCUUAUUGCAUGCAAGAGUAAUGUUGAGCUGGUCAACUUCUUGGCUACGCGCUGUGCAGAUGUAUCGGACACGAACAACCGCGGCUAUGGAGCUCUGCAAAUCGCCGCUGCUCAUGGUAAAAUUGAAGUGAUCGAGUUCCUCCUUGGUCUGAAUGUUGAUGAUGAAGAACCACUGAUGGACAUCAACUCCUGCGAUCCCGCCGGUUAUACGCCUUUCAUCGUCGCGAUAUUGGCGGGCAAUGAAGAUGCAGCAUUGUAUCUGCUCGAACGAGGAGCGUACCCCUCAUCUUUUACGCACGACAAUGGAAGAUGUGCGCUACAUUACGCAGCAGGCAAGAGUAUGCUGCGUGUACUCGAGAAGAUUUUACCACGCCGCUCCAUGGGUGGCAUCGACAGACAAGACAACAAAGGUUACACACCUCUUGCACUCGCUUGCAUGGCACCUUCUCCAACCAGUGUAUCCCUCUUGCUAUCCCUUUUCUCAUAUCAACCUGGCGUGGAUGUUAACAUUGUCAACCCCAUAACAGGCGACAGUGCUCUACACAUCGCGCUUAAACGACCUCUGCACAUGUCGCCCAUGGACGCCAGAUACGGCCACCCAGCUCUCGAUCUGCUCCACUAUAUAUAUACCGAUAUCACAGUCCGCGACGCCAAUGGCCGUACACCACUUCAUCUCGCAGCCGAGUUUCAUAAUUUCUCUGCAGCAAAACUCCUCUUAUCCAGGGGUGUAUCACUACACUGCGAAGACAAGAAGGGACGAACGCCACUGUGUCUGUGUUCAAAUCCUGAAAUCGCACAAGCGCUCAUCACUCAUGGUGCGGAUGUCAACCACGGUGAUGAAGACGGGUGGACACCAUUGCAUUACGCGGUAUCGAGGUGCUGGGUCAAGACUUUUGCGGUGCUGAGACAAGCGGGGGCUAGUAUGGAAACUAGGACACGAGAUGAUGGUCUGAGUGUGAAGGAACGAUUGGACAAGUUCGGUACGUGGGACGAUUGGGUGAAUGCAGAAAUUGAUUAUGUGUGUGACGAUGCACAAAGGGAGAAAACGAGGGAAGCCGAGAUGGAGGCUGAAUUUGAGUGA